AUGCCGAUCUGCUUCAGCGUCCACAAUUUGGCAGGCUACAAUAACAGGUGCAACACCGUGCUGUACAGGGAGCCCAUACGAACGAGCAAAUCUUAUGUCAGUAAGUACAUUAUUUUCUUCCCCGGGGACUAUUCAAAUUUUUUCACCAACUCUAUAUACACUUCAUUUAAGCUAGAAUCGACAAACGAAUGCUCAGACUACUGUUACAGUUAUGAAGCCCUAUUCUGGGUCCUAUCCUCCAAAUAUCUGUAUGACCACUUAGUUUUUAUUAAGCCUACUAUUUUUAUAAAUCACUUUUCCUCCUUUUCCAAUUUUUUGAAUCCAUCGGAUAUUUCGAUUAGCAGCCAUGGACACAAUGUGGUUGCGGCAAGAGGGACAGAUCACAUCAACACAGGGGGAACAAAUCCCGGCGAUGCGAUCGUGCCCGCCAAAAGUGUGAACCAUUUGUUAUGCCUACUUUUAUCACUCGAUAAGCGGUUAUCAGGGGAAAACGGGGGGCACGCCGCGUCUACUAAUGGCACCACGUACGCUGAUUCUAUUAGAGAAGAGACCCAGACAAGUGCACAUGGGGGGUGUGCCCAGACUGAUGGAUCCCCAUCGCUGAGCCCACUAAAACGGAGACUCGUUCUGAUCGGAUUCAGCAGGGGGUGCUCCGUUUUGUUCGCCCUGAUGAGGGAGGCCAACCAGGGGGAGCUUCUCUUCUCUUAUGUCGAUUCGGUGUACCUCCUAGACCCCGGAUUCAACAAAAAUAUAUACAACACCGAGAUGGGAAGCACCUGUUUAGAGAAGGUCGCUCAGUGCGGAUUGAAAAUAUUCCUCCACUCGACGCCUCACCAGGUGACAAACAAAAACGAUGGAAACAUCCACAGCGAAGUGGUAAACUUUUUAAAGAAAAUCAGGCACCAUGGGAUAGCUAUCUUCCCAUAUAUACACUACAUUAAGAAUGCCAAACUGGUGAACCACUUAAAUCUGCAUUUUGAAAUCCUCGUGGAUUUUAUCGACGACGUUUUCGAAGAUCGUAACGAGUCGUCGUACUCCUCCCCUCUGUCCAGUUCUUGCAAAGAGCAGGGAAUCACCUUGUGCAGGAGCAAAACCUCUGCCAAGGAUUUCUUGUUUGAAACUUGGAAGAGGAAUUAG